UGACAACUCCAAGGGACCCCAAACUUGGGGGUGGGGGCUUGAAUGCUGGGGUGAGAGAAGGAGAGAUGCAGGGUGAGGAGGGGAGACGAGUAGGGGUAUGUCUGAAGCGCUCCCCAACUCCUGCCCCGGUCCCUUUAAGCUCCCCCCCCUCCCAGCUCUCCCUCCUUUCCACCCCCCACCCCCGCCGCUGUCUUCUCUCCAUCUCUUGUGCUGCUGCUGGCUGCGCAAUCUGUGCACCCAGACUCCGACGCCAGUUGGGGACCCAGACUCCAGCUGCAGGGACCCUGCCCCAGUGAGACCACAAGCAUGUCAUCGGAAAAGUCAGGCCUCCCCGACUCAGUCCCUCACACCUCUCCGCCACCCUACAAUGCUCCCCAGCCACCGGCCGAACCCCCCGUCCCGCCCCCACAGGCAGCCCCCUCCUCGCACCACCACCACCACCACCACCACUACCAGUCUGGCACCGCCACCCUACCGCGCUUAGGGGCUGGCGGCUUGGCUUCUGGGGCCACCGCUCAGCGUGGUCCCUCCUCCUCUGCCACUCUGCCACGACCCCCACACCACGCCCCGCCCGGCCCGGCCUCCGGGGCGCCCCCACCUGGCUGCGCUACCUUGCCCCGCAUGCCACCCGACCCUUACCUGCAGGAGACUCGCUUCGAGGGCCCACUGCCCCCACCACCGCCCGCCGCCGCGGCCCCGCCCCCGCCGGCGCCCUCCCAUACUGCCCAGGCCCCCGGCUUCGUGGUGCCUACGCACACCGGGACGGUAGGCACCCUGCCGCUGGGGGGCUACGUGGCCCCCGGCUAUCCCUUACAGCUGCAGCCUUGCACUGCCUAUGUGCCAGUCUACCCAGUGGGCACGCCCUAUGCAGGCGGGACCCCGGCGGGAACGGGAGUAGCCUCCACGCUCCCCCCACCGCCCCAGGGUCCGGGGCUGGCCCUGCUGGAGCCAAGGCGCCCGCCGCACGACUAUAUGCCCAUCGCUGUGCUGACCACCAUCUGCUGCUUCUGGCCUACAGGCAUCAUCGCCAUCUUCAAGGCAGUGCAGGUGCGCACGGCCUUGGCCCGUGGAGACAUGGUGUCUGCCGAGAUCGCUUCUCGCGAAGCCCGGAAUUUCUCCUUCAUCUCCCUGGCGGUGGGCAUCGCAGCCAUGGUGCUCUGUACCAUCCUCACCGUGGUCAUCAUCAUUGCCGCACAGCACCACGAGAACUACUGGGAUCCGUAAGGACGCCCUCGGCCCCUCCCCGCCCUGCACCCCUCGGCCUCCUAAGCGCGUUCUGCAGUCUUGCCGUGGAUCCAAUGGGCACCCUGCACACCCGCCCCUGGGGCUACCGGACUUCUACACGUCCUGAACUCGGACUCCGCAGAACCUCUCGCCUUCCUGGCACGCUCCAAAUCCAGUUCCUCAGGAACCCCGCCAAAGCCCACACUCCCACAGACGCCGCUUGCGCCACACCCUCAAAGACGCCGCUUCCCUGGAUCUCAGCCAAAUGCUGGCCCCCAGUCGCUCCAGACCCCCAGCCCUUCUGAAUGCAGCGCCCCUAGUGGAGCUCCCUGGGUGUUUGCUGCGCCGCUUGGAGACUAGUCCCCCAAACCCCUCCUCCUCUGUAGGCCCCACCCCGCUAUGGCAAUGUCCCGCCUCCAGGCUCCCACUGCGCUUUCUUCUCUUCUUGCGGCGGUGAUUGGGUUUGUGGCCCCAGACCGAGUUCCCAGACAGACUCUUCCCCUUUAACUGGCGCUAGGACCCAGCACCGGGGUAGGAAGGAUCCCCAGGCUCACUCCGGGUUUUUGUUUUUCUCUUUUUUUUCUAGUAGUUUUCUCAUCUCCCACCCCAUGUCUCCACCGAUUUUCCUGCUAAUUCCAGAACCUCUAUUUUUGGUUUGUUUUGAUUUGAUUUGGAAUGAGAUUUGGGAGGUUCCUAGUUUAGGACCCUUCUCCCUGGGAUGAAGAUUGCGUCCCGUUCUCUGUAAAUACUCCUUUCCACCUCUCCCAACCCCUGAGUAGCCAGGCAGAAGGGACCUCAGGGUACCGACCUUCCAAUGUCCGGAGGGAGCCGGCCGCUCCCCACUUCCCUGGGCAUUUCCCAGUUUAUUCUGAUCCAUGUGUGAGUGUGUGAGUGUGAGUGUGUGUGUUUGUGUGUGUGUGUGUGAAUUUCUGAAAGACAUUAUUAAAGAGUCUAAGUCUAUUUACUAACCGCAAUUCCGAAGACUGAAGCUUUGCAAAGACCCUGCUCUUUUGGUUCCCCAUUUCCACCUCCCCUCAUUUCUCCUUGGAGUGUGGUGGGGGAAGAAAACUGACAGACAAACUAACAGAGGCAGAUUUCCGGGACACCAGAGAGACACACAAGUACAGGGAGAAGGGUUCCUCAGGAUACUACCUGGGACGAUCUUGCGGUCCAUUCUCAGUGGGGAUUUCCCCAACACACAUUUUCCACUCUCUACCACACUGGGCUUAGGGUUUGGAGAGGGAUAAAAUACAAUGAGAUCCAGGGAUCUAUCCCUAGGACUCCAGGAAGUCAGGAGGAAAGAAGAGGGCAGACCAUUCUGAAGAAGUUGGUCAGAGAUAGGCUGGCAGGGGCAGAGAAAAGAUGCCAGCUACCCACAGUGGUUCCUGUUUAGGGGCUGGAAGGUGACAGACAACUUGAAUUAGAACCCUAAGUGGUGUGUUGUACAAGUAUAGGGAAGGCAAAGGGAAAAGAGCUGUGAGAGCCUGUCUCAGUCUAUGUCAGCUGCUAUAACAAAAAUAGCACUGACUGGGGUGGCUUAUAAACAACAGUAAUUUAUUUCUCAGAGUUCUGAAGGCUGGAGGUCUGAGUUCAGGGUGCUAGCACCAUCAGGUGUGGGAGGGCCCUCUUCUGGUUUGCAGACUUCUCAUCAUAUCUUCACAUGGCAGAAGGGGUGAGAGAACCCUGUGUGGUCUGUUCCAUAAGAACACUAAUCCCAUGCAUGAGGGCUCACCCUCAGGACCUAAUCACCUCCCAUAGGAACCACCUCCAUAAGAGUACCAUCUCUGCACAUUGGGAUUUUAAUGUAUGAAUUUUGGAGGGAACACAUUCAGACUACAGCAGAGCCCCAAGGAGGAGGUCUCUGAAAUCCUCUUAAAUCCAGUUGGGUCUAUUUGUCCUCUUCUACCCUGAGGGCAGGUCAAGGGGCCUCUUGGGGAGGGGAGGGGGCACAAGCAGUGGACUUGGAAUCUUUGGUUGUACACCUGAAGAACAUGGUCCUAUCCUGGCUCCAUGCAUUCAGACAGUGUGCGGAUACCAUGCAGGAUGCUGGUGAGACAUCUGCUGAGACAGCAGAUGAGAACACUGGCUUCAUGGAGUUAAACUAGAAAUAGGAGACAUGGGAAGAGGAUGGGAUGGGGUGUGCAAAUCAUAGGUUCUCCAUUAAUUUUUUAUCUUCACCCCAAGGACAU